ACAAAGUUAAAAAAUACAAAUCAAUUAAUUAAUAAUAAUAAUUAAAUUAAAGAAAAAAAGAUAGAUAAUUGGGUAGAUUUCUUUGUUAAAAAACUAGAUUAUAGCAUUAGUUUAAAAUAUUAUAUCCAACAGCUUAUUUUUUUAAAAUAAAUUCAAAUACUGAAAAUGACAACUCCAAAAGCUAAGACAAAUAGCCUUUUAUAUGCAAAGUUGAUAAACAAGAAAAGAAAUUAGUCAGCAGUAGAUAUUGAAAAAGAUUUGAAUUUGAUGGAAUAAUAGCAGCAAGCAUUAUAAAAUAGCUAAAAUUAACAGUAAAUUUUGAAGUUAAAUAAUGAAAACUAGUCCAACAAUUGCUCAUUCGAUUAAAAUAAAAGCAUAGGCUAUUUUUCCAAACAAAGCGAUGCCUAUUAUGGAAAUAUGGAUAAGAAAAGUUAAGAUAAUUUGGACUAUAUAAAUUCGUUAAUGAAUAGUCUUAAGUAAAAAGAAAUUCGUAAUAAUUAGAAGAAAAUAGCUAUGCAUAAUAGAACUAAAAGCAGUAUGGGGUAAUAUUCUUCAACUCCAUCUCAAUAAAAUCAAGCAAAGCAGUCUUCAUAAAAUGAUUUGAAUAUGUCAACAAAUACCCUCAGACACACAGAUGCAGCUAAUAGUCAUUAAACUUCUUUUGAGCUUUAAUCAAAGACACACAGAAACAGUAAUUUAAGCAGCAAUAAAUUAGACUCAAAAGAAGAAAAUCAAAACCAACCUUCUUCCUAGAAUUAAAUUUAACAGAAAUCUCUUUCUCAUCGCAGUUUAAAUGAAACAUUGCCUAUAUUUAGUAAAUAAAAAUAAUCUGAAAAGAGCAGUGAUGCUUUAUAAAAAAGCGCUCAUGAUACUAGUUAAAGUGAUUGUUAGAAGGUUUAAGGAUAGCAUAAUAAUCUCAGCUUUAAAAUAGACUCGGGAAGAAAUUCUAUUUAAAAACAAUAUUAAUAACAUCAAUAACUCAACUAGUUAAAUAACUUAGAGAGUUUGUCUGCUCACGAAACAAACCAGUCCACCGGAGUUUCAGUAUAAAAAACUGAUUAGGCCUAAUUUUUGUAGUUUUUAGGAAAUUAUGUGACCUACUUAAGCUAGCCAGAUGAAUCACCUUCAUACACUUCCUCAAAACCUAGCACCUAGGCUUAUCAAAACAAUUUCUUUAACAGCUAAAAUAGCGGCUUAGGUAGUAACAAUAAUAGAUAUCUCUAGAAUUCGCAAAUUUAAAAUAUCCAGAUAUAAAACGAAUAACUUAUAAAGGAGAACAUGAUAUAUAAAUAAACAUGUGAAAAAAUCCUUGGAGAGAAAAAGGAGUUAUAAUAUUAAAAAAAUUUACAGUAGCUUGAAAUAUCAAAAUUAAUGACUUAAAAAACUGAAGAUAAAAAUAAAAUUGCACAAUUAGAAAAUGUGAUCAAAUAAAUGCAAUAAAAAUACAACGAGGUUGUCUUUAAAUUAAAACAUACAUAAGAUAAUUUGGCUAAAUUAACUAUUGAUCGUGAAAAUGAUCAUUACACUCUUAAAUAUGCUUUAUAGUAAUUAUAAUCUCAGUAAUAGAAAAGCAGCGAAAUGAGUACUUUUAAAUCAAAUUCUAAAAAUUCUUACUCUUCACAGAACUUUAAUUAUUCAUCUAAAGGGAAGGAGAGUAUGAAUGAGCUUAAGUUUGAUGAUUUUGAAAAUAAUAGCCAUUUCUUUAGUGUUCACAAUUAAAAAUAUGGCCAAUAAUAAAAGAUGCUCAAACCUAAAUCUCACUUAAAUUUCUAAAAAGUGCCUUUGAAUAUGAAUAGAUCAAACUUCCAAUAAGAAGAUAUAUAUGAAGGUGAAGGCAUACAUAACAAUACAGGAAUCUUUAAUUAUUCAAAUCCCAAUAUUGUGGCAGAGGUAAAUGAAAUUGAAAAAUAAAACAUGAGUAUAAAACCUUAAGUAAUAAAUCAAAAUAUAAUGAAUUUCGGAUAAAUCUAAGAUAAUGAAUAAGAAAUUGAAUAUGUAACUGAUGACAAUCUAUUCAAUGAAUAAUACGAAGCUGAAAAUUAAUAUUAGCAAUAUGAAAUGCAACACCCAUAGAUUAUUGAUAAGCAAAAAUUUAUUAACUAUAAUAAUCUUACUUAAAUGCAGUAAAGUAAUAAAAAAUACCACUCUCUCCAUAUGAGGAAUCCUUCAAACGAUGAAAAGGGAAAUAUCAGUGAAUCUUUUUAUUAGAACUAUUUAUAAAACUAAAUGAUACAUGAAAUAAACAACAAAUCUUAAUACCAAUAAGGCGAAUAAAUAAUAACUAAUCCAAAAAUGUAGAAAUAAGAUAUUUAAUUUAAGUCUAAAGGAAAUAUACUUAAAAACAGUAGCAUUAGCAAUUCGCAAUAAUCAAGCAAAAUAAAUUUUAACAGCAGUAAUUUAAUUAUACCUAGUGGAGAUUACUAUCAUGAUUUAAGCUAAGCUGAACUACAAAAUAAUUCUUUAUCAAUCCAUUAAUUAGAAUGA